CAAUGAGAAAUCUAGUACAUAUUUAGUUACAAUUCCUUAAAAUCUUUAAGACCAAUUAACUUACGUAAACGCGUUGUUUAGUGCUCGCUUAGCUGCUUUUCAUAUUGUUUUAAAUUGAGCUGGCUAGUGACGUCACUAUCAUGCGACAAGCAUUUGAGUCACCCUAUUCCGGCAGUUUCACUUUACAAGGACCAGUCAAGCUCAUUUUUCAACGGACGGUGUUGUCGCUCUACAUGCGGGUGUUUCGCAUUGCACGAACCUGGCAAGCCCAAAGUGGAGUGGCAAGUGACACGCUGACCGAGAGAAAUUAUAUACUUCAGGAGGCACGCACUUUGUUCCGACAGAACCAGCAGAUGACUGAUCAAGAAUCAAUCAAGAAAUGUAUUGAGGAAUGUGAAGCAAGGAUAGAAAUCGGUCUACAUUACAGAAUCCCCUACCCAAGGGCCAGCUACCUACCGCCACUGGGACUGGCCACUCAGAAAGGGAGGAAGCUGCGAGCACAGCAGCGCCUGAGGAAGCAGGCCAAGCCAAUUUAUUUAGAGUCACAUAAGGAGACCUGACGCUCGAGCCGAGGAACCAGAGAACGCAAGUCUAGAGGGUGCCGUCACAAGCACAUCUCGCGGGGUUGAUGUGUACCCGCGGACCAUGCAUGUUAGUCAUGAUUAAGACGCUUCCAGUAUAUGUGUAUAAUCAUGCCGUGCCAUAUUGGUAAUUUAUUUAUUAUCAUUUUUUUAAAAAAGUGGUAUCAAAUUGAAUCAUCAAAGAUGCAGAGCUGCCAAUUAGACGUGUGUUCUUGUAUUUCAAUAAAGUUCAUGUUAAAAACAUUA